AUGGAUGACAUAAAAAAGUCUAUUAUAGACGAUACUAUCUCAGAUUCAAACUCUGAUAUCCAGUCGUUUAACCCAGGUUCGGGACAUGAAGCUAAUCAUACAAGCGAUGAAAUUGAAAUAGUCUCCAGAAUUGCUUCUAAUGUUGACCAGAAUGACCCAAACAACGUCCUUCAUCGUUUAGAAACUCUUUCAGUACAAUUAUCCAAUGUCACUACCAGAGACACUUUUACUAUUGACCCUGAUGAUUUUGACCUUGCACAACUUCUCAAAGGCCAUUUGAAAAACUCUGACAGAGGAAAUGUCAAACUUAGAUCAACCGGCGUGCUUUUACAUGAUGCCGCUAUAAUUGGUGUCGAUAGAUCUGCAACUUUCGCUCCUACCUUUGGCUCAACUUUGAACAUCCCUAGUAAAAUUAUCUCAGGAUUACACUCUAGAGCUGAAAAGCCAUUUAGAAGGAUAGUAAACAGAGUGAAUGCUGUUGUGAAGGCCGGUGAAAUGUGUCUUGUCCUUGGCAGACCGGGUGCUGGUUGCUCUUCCUUACUUAAAUCCAUUUCAGGAGAAGGUCUUGAUCAAUAUGAGGGUACCGAGGGGUCUAUCACCUUCGAUGGUGUUACUCAAGAUCACAUGUUGAAACAUCAUAAGAACGAUCUUAUUUAUAACCCAGAAUUGGAUGUUCACUUUCCACACUUGACAGUCCAGCAGACUUUGCGCUUUGCUAUUGGUUGUAAAGUUCCAAAUACCAGAGUGAAUGCGGUUACUGACAACGCGACAGUGAAGCAAUAUGUGGAUUUCAAGACUGACAUGUUGGCCACUAUCUUUGGAUUAAGACAUACUUAUAAUACCAAAGUUGGGAAUGAUUUUGUACGUGGUGUUUCUGGUGGUGAGAGAAAAAGAGUUUCUAUCGCUGAAGCCUUAGCUGCCGAUGCCAAAGUUUACUGCUGGGAUAAUGCUACCAGAGGUUUGGAUGCUUCCACAGCCUUGGAAUACGCAUCUGCCAUCAGAGUCCUUGCCAAUCUUUUAGAUGCAACCAAUUUUGUCACAAUUUAUCAGGCCUCCGAAAACAUUUAUGAAAAAUUCGAUAAAGUCUUGAUUCUUUAUGAAGGAAGGCAGAUUUUCUUUGGGCCAAUCCACGAUGCGAAGCCAUAUUUUGAAAACAUGGGUUACGAAUGUCCACAACGCCAGGCCACCCCCGAAUUCUUGACUGCAAUCACUGACCCACUUGGCAGAACAACCAAGCCUGGAUAUGAAAACAAGGUCCCAAGAAAUGCUGUGGAGUUUGAAAAUUAUUGGCAUAAGUCUCCACAAUUCCAAAAAUUGAGUGAAGAAAUUGCCCAAAAUGAGAAGCUGUUUGCUGGUAGUGAUACCGAAGAUCUUUUCUUUGAAUCUUCUAAAAUUGAAAAGAGUCGGGUACAUUCAACCUUCACUGUCAGUUACGCUGAACAGUUAAGACUUAACUUUGUUAGAGCUUAUCAAGUUGCCCUUGGUGAUUUAUCCUAUUUAUCUACUCAAAUCAUCUCCGAUAUAAUCCAGGCUUUGAUCACAGGUUCCCUUUAUUAUAAUAUUCCAAAUACUACCUCCGGAGCUUUCUCAAGAGGAGGCAAUUUGUUUUUUUGUAUCUUAUAUUAUUCUUUGGCUGGUCUUGCUUCAGUUUCCAAUAGCUUCCAAAAACGUCCCAUCCUUCUUAAACAAAAAGCUUAUUCAUUCUGCCAUCCUUCCACUGAAUUCUUUGCUUCCUUUAUUGUUGACGCUAUGUUCAAAAUGCUUGGCAUAGUUCCUUUUAUCAUAAUCAACUUUUUUUUGGCCCAUCUUAAACGUGAUGCAGGUAACUUUUUUGUCAACUUCUUGUUUGUCAUUUUGUCUUCAUUUUCUAUGAAUGCUUUUUUCCAAAUGAUUGCUAUAUUCUCUCCAGCACUUUCAAUUGCUAAUUCCAUAUGUGGUCUUCUCACUCUUGCAGCUAUUUGUUACUCAUGUUUCAUGAUCCAGCUCCCAUCCAUGCAUCCCUGGUUUAAAUGGAUUAACUGGUUGAAUCCUAUUCGUUAUGGUUUUGAGUCAAUUAUGGUCAACGAAUUUCAUCAUGUUAAUAUGACUUGUUCAAAGAUAGUUCCAUCUGGUUCAGGUUAUGAAGGUGUUUCUGUCGCUAACCAGGCUUGUGUCUCUGUCGGUUCAGUUCCUGGUUCCAUCUUUGUCCAUGGUGAUAAAUACAUAAAGGCUGCUUUUGAUUUUUCCUUUAUGCAUUUAUGGCCGAACUUCGGUAUUUUAUUAAGCAUGUUGAUUUUUUUCCUUGCCGUUUCUGGGAUUGCUUCUGAAAUCAUGACUGCUGACUCAGCCGGUUUUGAUGUUUUAAUUUUCAAAAAAACUAAAGAAACACGCAAGAUAUUAGCUGCACAACGUCAAAGUGCUACAGACCCUGAAAAGCCUGAAUUGGAGUAUGCCUCUGUGUCAACUGAUAUUGAAAAGCAAAAAGAAACUACGAACAAGGUAUUUGAAGGCUUAGGCUCAAAAGAUCUCUUUUUGUGGCAACAUGUGGAUUAUGAUGUUACUUUGAAAACCGGGGAGGUUAGAAGGUUAUUGAAUGAUGUCCAGGGGUAUGUUAAACCAGGUACCCUUACUGCUUUGAUGGGUGAAUCUGGUGCUGGUAAAACCACUUUGUUGAAUACUUUGUCCCAAAGAAUUGAUACUGGUGUUAUCACGGGUGAUAUGUUGGUUAAUGGAAGACCAUUGGACUCUUCCUUUAAGAGAAAAACUGGAUACGUACAACAACAAGAUGUACAUUUUUCGGAAUUGACUGUCAGAGAGUCCCUUAGAUUUGCUGCUAAUCUUAGAAGAAGCAGAAGUGUCCCGGAAGCCGAAAAAUAUGAAUAUGUUGAGCAGAUUAUUGACAUCUUGAGCAUGGAAUCCUAUUCUGAUGCUGUUGUUGGUCAACCAGGUUUCGGUUUAAAUGUUGAGCAAAGAAAGAAAUUAUCUAUUGGUGUGGAAUUAGUUGCCAAGCCAUCUUUACUCCUUUUCUUGGAUGAGCCGACCUCUGGAUUAGAUUCCCAAUCUUCUUGGUCCAUUGUUAAAUUGAUGCGUGAUUUGGCUAAUGCUGGACAAGCUAUAUUGUGUACUAUUCAUCAACCUUCUGCGGUGUUAUUUGAAGAAUUUGAUAGAUUGCUAUUAUUGAGAAAGGGGGGCCAUACUGUUUAUUUUGGUGACAUCGGUGAGCACUCUAAGAUAUUGUUGAAUUAUUUUGAAAAACAUGGUGCGAGAAAGUGUCUCAAUGAGGAAAACCCUGCCGAGUAUAUUCUUGAAGCCAUUGGUGCUGGUGCUACUGCCUCCUCCAAUCAAAACUGGGGUGAUGUCUGGCUUGGAUCUGAGGAAUGUGCUUCUGUGACUGCUGAAAUUACCCAAUUGAUCAAAGAUUCUAGUAUUAACCAUUCGGAAGAAAAUCCAGAAAUGAAGAAGACUUUUAUUACUCCUUAUUACUAUCAACUUUUGUUAGUUACUCGGAGAGUAGGAACACAAUUUUGGAGGGACCCUACUUAUCUCAUAUCCAAAAUGAUGUUAAUGAUUCUUGCUGGAUUGCUCAUCGGUUUCACUUACUGGGAUGCAGGUAAUUCUAUAGUUGGGAUGCAAAAUGUUAUGUUUUCUAUGUUUAUGUCUGUCAUUAUUUCUGCACCAUUAAUUCAUCAAAUCCAAGCUCGUGCUCUAGAAUCUAGAGAAGUAUAUGAAGUUAGAGAGUCUAAAUCCAACACAUAUCACUGGUCCGCUUUAUUAUUUGCACAAUUCAUUAAUGAGUUACCAUAUCAUUUGCUUUUCUCGACAAUUUUCUUUAUUUCCUUUUAUUAUCCAGCUCACAGGAAUUAUGACUCAUAUACUGUUGGUUCUUAUUAUUUGUUUUACUGUAUCAUGUUCCAAUUAUAUUUCGUCUCUUUUGGGUUGUGGAUUGUUUAUAUGUCUCCAAAUUUGCCUGCAGCUGCCGUCUUGGUCUCCCUAUUCUUUGCAUUUAUGAUUGCAUUUUGUGGUGUUGUUCAACCACCAAGUUUAAUGCCUGGUUUCUGGACAUUCAUGUGGAAGACUUCCCCCUACACAUACUUUAUCCAAGCUUUUAUGAUCUUAUCACUCCAUAAAUUGAAGAUUAGGUGUAAAAAAUCCGAGUUUAUCACGGUCCAGCCUCCAAAUGGUGAAAUUUGCGGUGCUUAUCUUGAUCAUUUCACAAAAGUUUCUGGUGGCUAUAUCAACAAUCCAUCUGCCACUUCAAACUGUGAGUACUGUCAAUACAGUGUUGGUGAUCAAUAUCUAGCUACAGUCGAUAUCAAGAGCUCUUAUUUGUGGAGAAACUUCGGAUUUAUGUGGGUUUAUAUUUCUUUUAACCUUUUUGCUAUGGUAUCAUGCUUUUGGUUCUUUAGAGUUAGAAAGGGAUCAACUAUCGACAUCAAAUCCAUAAUAUCUAAAUUCCAAAAAGUAUCAAAGAAAUAA